CACUCAAAGCUUCUCUUGACUUCCUUUACCGCUAGGUCACCUCUUGUGGUGUCUGUGUGUGAGAGUGAUUGCUAGAGACAGUGAGACAGAAUGGAGGAUCUGGCAGAGUAUCACGGGCGCAUCAGCAAGAGGCAAGCAGAAGAGAUCCUGAAUGAAGCGGGCAGAGACGGCAGCUAUCUGAUCAGAGACAGCGCGAGCGCAGCGGGCUCUUACUGCGUGUGUGUGCUGUGUGGUGGAUGGGUUUACACCUACAGAGUUUUCAAACGAAAGGAUGGCCUCUGGACAAUAGAGGUGGCUCCUGGGAUGAAGGAAAGGCUCUUUAGGAAAGCCGGCAACCUUAUUGCUGCCUUCAAGAUCCCAGACCAAGGCAUCUCUGUUCCUCUUUUGUAUCCUGUAAACAGAGUUAAAUGAUAGCACACAAGCCAAAACAAACGCAUUAGAACAGUUUCUACAUUCUGUAAAUGUGUGUGAGAGUAUCUUCUCUGGGGUCUCUUAAUCCAAGGGGUGAACUGGAAAUGUUGUAAAUGCUGUAAAUUGUAAAAAUGUUGAAAAGUAUAUUUAAGUGUAUUAGAUUCUUGAUUUGAAGCAAUAUGGCUGCUACAUUUAUAAUCAAAUAAAUACAGAAGCAGCUGCAAAUAAUCUAGUAUAUAUUAAAGUGCCCCUAUUAUGGGUAAUGAAAGGAAAAUCCAUAAUAGGGGCACUUUAAAUAAUUGGCCACUCCCUGUUACAUUACACACUGUAAACUUCAAUUUUUAUGUAGAUUUUAAUUUUAGAUUUUUCCUUCAAUUUUUUUUUUUUCAUAAAUAAUCAUCUCAUGUUAGCUAUACAUUCGGUAAUCCUCACUUCAGAUAGUAUCAGCAACAUAGAUACAGCCAGUUACAGAUCACUACAGAGACAAUCAACCCAAGAGAGAAGUAGGCCUUGAACUAAAUGUCAGAUCUGUUCUUAGUUUGAUUGCUAUCUUGUUUUCAGUCUAGUAAUGAGGGUUUGCUAACCAAGAGUUUCUGUGUAAAACUUGUUUUAGAAAAACUACUUCUGGAGACUGAACAGGAAACAACUGUUUUGUGCUCACAUUUUCUCAUUAAACUUCAUUGUGUCACAAUUCCUGCAA